CUUGAGACAAAAAUCAACACAGAAAAAUACACCGAGUCGAAGUUGACCGAGACCGUAAAAAAGAGAACUAUCAAAAAGACAAAAUUCUGGAAAAUAAUUUUGUAUUUUAUGGUGGCUUCAUGUCAAAAUAUUUGUUUUUUGUCUAUUACGUUUCGUUUGUAUGAACAGAAAUAAAGGAAUAAAAUAAUUCCCCAGAAGGUAUACAAUAAAACAUCUUCAAUAACUCAACUCAACUAUGAAAUGGGACUAAAAGACAAAAUGCAUUAAUAGCAAACUAACUGCUUAACUGCAAUAACCAAAACUGGAUAUUUGGGAAAUAUAAUAUUAUAAUUAAAAUAAUAAUACAAAAUCUAUCACUUCAAGCGCGAUUCUAUUGAUAGAGCGUAGAGCGUAAAAAAUCUUUGAUUUGAAUUCCUCUUUAGGAAUUUGUAGAAAAUUCAAUCACAAAAAAGAAAGAAACUCUCAAUACACAUCGGCUGACAGCACCGUGGCUGAAGCCAGUGAAGUAACCACUAAUUCAACAACUGAUGCAAUGCCUUCAGCAAUAAGUGGUGGCGGUGGACAUUCCUCGCACACGGUAAGUAUACCAAGCAACGAAGAAUGCGGCAUCCGAGACGUUUGGAAGCACAAUCUUGAAGAUGAAUUCCGCACUAUCCGAAAAGUGGUUCAAAAGUAUCACUAUGUUGCAAUGGACACAGAGUUCCCUGGUGUUGUUGCACGGCCGGUAGGAGAGUUCAGGUCAACAGCUGACUAUCAUUACCAGUUACUCAGAUGCAAUGUGGACUUGCUGCGCAUUAUUCAACUUGGCUUGACUUUUAUGGAUGACGAAGGCAAGACCCCACCAGGCUAUUCGACAUGGCAGUUCAAUUUCAAAUUCAAUCUUUCAGAAGACAUGUAUGCACAGGACUCCAUUGAUCUGCUGCAAAACUCUGGCAUUCAAUUCAAGAAGCACGAAGAAGACGGUAUCGACCCAUUGGACUUUGCCGAACUGCUGAUGUCGUCGGGAAUUGUUUUGGUUGACAAUAUUAAGUGGCUAUGUUUCCAUUCUGGCUAUGAUUUUGGAUAUCUGCUCAAGUUGUUAACAGACCAGAAUUUACCAGCCGAUGAGAGUGAAUUUUUCGAACUGCUUCGCCUGUAUUUUCCGAACAUUUACGACAUCAAGUAUCUGAUGAAGUCGUGCAAAAAUCUUAAGGGUGGCCUUCAAGAAGUUGCCGACCAGUUAGAGCUUCGUCGCGUCGGACCACAGCAUCAGGCAGGGUCUGAUGCGCUUUUGACUGGAAUGGCGUUCUUUAAAAUGCGAGAGAUGUUUUUCGAGGAUAAUAUUGACAACGCUAAAUACUGUGGGCACCUAUAUGGGUUGGGUACAUCUUUUAUUGUAAACGGAGCCAAUUUCCAUGAGAACAACACCGAAAAUAAUAAUGCAACAACGUGAUUUUCUAAUGUGCGAGUCAUAAUACAUUUAAUAAUAAUACAUACCUUCUUCUGAGAAAAUAUCAGAUUUGUUUGUGUAACAUUAACUUAGCAAACAAAAUAAUAUUUGUCUAGUUUUUUGUUCUCUUUAUUAUAAGAACAUCGUAAUAGUAAAGUUAUGGAUGCAACCAAAAUCCGACAACCCGCGCUCAUUAAAGUAAAAACGUAUAUAAAUCACUUAUAAGUUCAUACAUUUUAUUUAAAAAUUAAUAUAUAUGUGUAUAAGGAAUACAUUUAUAUAUAAAUUUACAUCUAAAAUAAAAAAAAAAUCAAACCAUAA